AAGUCAGUGCCCCGAGUCGUUGGAAGAUAGUGAUAUUCCUUAAUGACUUACAUUCACUACCACGCAAUUUCGUCCCAAAUUUCCGCACCCUAAAAAGUUGCUAUCUUUCUCUCUUUUUUCUUCCUUAGUUUCAUCGAAGACUCGAAGUCAUUGUAAUGUAGAUUCGAUUCAGCCCAAUUUUAUCGAAGCAGGGUUCAGACAGAGGCUUUUCAGUUGUUUUCGAGCUAUAUCCAUGGCGUUUCUUCACAGAAAGAUGCUCGUCCGGUCUCCACCGGGAGAGGGUUUCACGUUCUCCAUCACUUGUUGCCGGGCAUUUACUCCGCCUCCGCCGCCAUCACCGGAGUACGAUCACGACGAUGUCGUCAGCUGGCAGCGGAGUGGCGUCACCCUCCCCAUCAUCACCAUGAUCUGCAUUGUCGGCGGCGUCCUUCUCUUCCUCUGCCUCGUCGCCUACUUGUACUUCGCCAUCAAGAGAUCACAGCUGAACCAAGCCAUGGCUACCAGAGACGCCUCCAGACAAGAAGAAGAAGAAGACGGAGACAGAGAUUUUUCCGGCCAAGACUGGAGAACACAUAUCGACCACCAUAUCUGGCACAUCGCCACUGUCGGUCUCCGGCGCUCGGCGAUAAAUUCGAUCACGGCCUUCAGAUUCAAAAAAGAGGAGCGGUUGAUCGACGGCACAGAUUGCUCCGUCUGCUUGAACGAAUUUAAAGAAAACGAACUGCUGAGAUUAUUACCAAAGUGUAGCCACGCGUUUCACAUCGAUUGCAUCGACACUUGGCUGCUCUCGCACAAGAACUGCCCUUUAUGUCGUGCACCUGUACUCGCCAACGAGACAGUCUCUGAAUCUCUCCAGACGAAUCACUCAGAUAAUCCGAGCUCGAGCAACGAACCCAGAAGUGAAGAACGGAACGGGAAUACAAGUGAAGUCGGCGAUGGAACCGAGGAUAAAGAUCGAUUCCCGGGUUCCAGAUUCAGAAACCCGAAUUUCCUUUCGAGGGCACAAAGCGAUUUGGCUAACCAUUGUAGAGCAGCAAGAGUGGGAGCUGUGAGAAGAUCUGUCUCCAUUGGAAGCUCGUUGCAGAGACCUAUCCAUUUCGGUGUCAAGUUAUUGUCGUGGACGAGUUCAAGAAUCGAAGACCCGGUUCUCCCAACCCGACAGCCCAGUUCAGAGUCCGGUUAGGUCGGCCGGAAGAAAUGAUAGCGUGUGAGAUGGUGUGGUCUUUGUGGAAUUUGGUUCAAGACCCGGUUCAAAAUUAUGAGCCAAACAAUGGUAAGAAUUAUCAUUUAUCGAUAAAUAAAAAAAAUAAAACUUUGUGUAUAAUUCUUUACUUUAAUACCGAUGUAGAAUGGAAGAAAGUUAAUGGAUUAAUCCCCGCUG